AUGAAGACUUGUCUUCUAACUUAUGGAUUACUUUUCAUAAUCAGCAUUGUGACUGCUAGUAGACCAGCAACUGGGCCAUCAGGUACAGUAUGCGAGUCAGCUGGUGGAUCAUGCAAGGGAAUUCAUGAUGGCACAAUGAUACCAUAUAAAGGCGAUUGUGGAAAAUAUAUAGUGUGUUUCCUAAAUUGUGGUUGCGAUAGACCAUGUCCUGAUGGAUUGCAUUUCAAUCCAGUAAAGCAGACUUGUGAUUAUCCAUCAAAAGCUGGUUGUAAUCCAUCGUGGGUAGAUCCACCAACUGGAUCUCCGGGAAACGAAUGUCAAUCACCUGAAAGUUCAUGUAAAAAUAUAACUGAUGGAACUUUGAUUUCGUUUGGAAAUGAUUGCACUCAAUACAUUCAGUGCUUAAAUGGUUGCACACAUCACAGAAGCUGUCCCCCUGGAACACAUUUCAGUUCAAAAUCGAAACGGUGUUUGAUGCCAUCUGAUGCUGGUUGCGAUCCAUCGCCAGGAAAUUUGAAUCCAGAUCCAUCAUGUCCCGGUUGUUCCCAGCCUUCAGGACCCCAAUGUCAAUCAGUGGGAGGUUCAUGUAAAAAUGUCUCAGAUGGAACUUUGAUUUCAUAUGCAAACGAUUGCACCAAAUACAUUCAGUGCUCGAAAGGAUGUGGAACUAAUAAGGACUGUCCAGCUGGACUGCAUUUCAGUCCCAAAUUCCAAGUGUGUACAGUGCCGUCUAAAGCUGGGUGUGAUCUUUCUCCAGGACAUUUGAAUCCCGAUCCAUCAUGUCCCGGUUGUUCCCAGCCUUCAGGACCCCAAUGUCAAUCAGUGGGAGGUUCAUGUAAAAAUGUCUCAGAUGGAACUUUGAUUUCAUAUGCAAACGAUUGCACCAAAUACAUUCAGUGCUCGAAAGGAUGUGGAACUAAUAAGGACUGUCCAGCUGGACUGCAUUUCAGUCCCAAAUUCCAAGUGUGUACAGUGCCGUCUAAAGCUGGGUGUGAUCUUUCGCCAGGAAAUUUGAAUCCAGAUCCAUCAUGUCCCGGUUGUUCCCAGCCUUCAGGACCCCAAUGUCAAUCAGUCGGAGGUUCAUGUAAAAAUGUCUCAGAUGGAACUUUGAUUUCAUAUGCAAACGAUUGCACCAAAUACAUUCAGUGCUCGAAAGGAUGUGGAACUAAUAAGGACUGUCCAGCUGGACUGCAUUUCAGUCCCAAAUUCCAAGUGUGUACAGUGCCGUCUAAAGCUGGGUGUGAUCUUUCGCCAGGAAAUUUGAAUCCAGAUCCAUCAUGUCCCGGUUGUUCCCAGCCUUCAGGACCCCAAUGUCAAUCAGUCGGAGGUUCAUGUAAAAAUGUCUCAGAUGGAACUUUGAUUUCAUAUGCAAACGAUUGCACCAAAUACAUUCAGUGCUCGAAAGGAUGUGGAACUAAUAAGGACUGUCCAGCUGGACUGCAUUUCAGUCCCAAAUUCCAAGUGUGUACAGCGCCAUCUAAAGCUGAGUGUGAUCUUUCUCCAGGACAUUUGAAUCCUGAUCCAUCAUGUCCCGGUUGUUCCCAGCCUUCAGGACCCCAAUGUCAAUCAGUCGGAGGUUCAUGUAAAAAUGUCUCAGAUGGAACUUUGAUUUCAUAUGCAAACGAUUGCACCAAAUACAUUCAGUGCUCGAAAGGAUGUGGAACUAAUAAGGACUGUCCAGCUGGACUGCAUUUCAGUCCCAAAUUCAAAGUGUGUACAGCGCCGUCUAAGGCUGGGUGUGAUCUUUCGCCAGGAAAUUUGAAUCCGGAUCCAUCAUGUCCCGGUUGUUCCCAGCCUUCAGGACCCGAAUGUCAAUCAGUUGGAGGUUCCUGUGAAAAUAUAUCAGAUGGAACUUUGAUUUCAUAUGCAAACGAUUGCACCAAAUACAUUCAGUGCUCUAAAAGAUGUGGAACUAAUAUGGACUGUCCAGCUGGACUGCAUUUCAGUCCCAAAUUCAAAGUGUGUACAGCGCCGUCUAAAGCUGGGUGUGAUCUUUCGCCAGGAAAUUUGAAUCCAGAUCCAUCAUGUCCCGGUUGUUCCCAGCCUUCAGGACCCCAAUGUCAAUCAGCUGGAGGUUCAUGUAAAUAUGUCUCAGAUGGAACUUUGAUUUCAUAUGCAAACGAUUGCACCAAAUACAUUCAGUGUUCGAAAGGAUGUGGAACUAAUAAGAACUGUCCAGCUGGACUGCAUUUCUGUCCCAAACUCCAAGUGUGUACAGCGCCAUCUAAGGCUGGCUGUGAUCCAUCAGCAGGAAAUUUGAAUCCAGAUCCAUCAUGUCCCGGUUGUUCCCAGCCUUCAGGAUCACAAUGUCAAUCAGUCGGAGGUUCAUGUAAAAAUGUCUCAGAUGGAACUUUGAUUUCAUAUGCAAACGAUUGCACCAAAUACAUUCAGUGCUCGAAAGGGUGUGGAACUAAUAUGGACUGUCCAGCUGGACUACAUUUCUGUCCCAAACUAAAAGUGUGCACAGCGCCAUCUAAAGCUGGCUGUGAUCCAGCGGCAGGAAAUUUGAAUCCAGAUCCAUCAUGUCCCGGUUGUUCCCAGCCUUCAGGACCCCAAUGUCAAUCAGUCGGAGGUUCAUGUAAAAAUGUCUCAGAUGGAACUUUGAUUUCAUAUGCAAACGAUUGCACCAAAUACAUUCAAUGCUCGAAAGGAUGUGGAACUAAUAUGCACUGUCCAGCUGGACUGCAUUUCAGUCCCAAAUUCCAAGUGUGUACAGCGCCGUCUAAAGCUGAGUGUGAUCUUUCUCCAGGACAUUUGAAUCCAGAUCCAUCAUGUCCCGGUUGUUCCCAGCCUUCAGGACCCCAAUGUCAAUCAGUUGGAGGUUCCUGUGAAAAUGUCUCAGAUGGAAUUUUGAUUUCAUAUGCAAACGAUUGCACCAAAUACAUUCAGUGCUCGAAAGGAUGUGGAACUAAUAAGGACUGUCCAGCUGGACUGCAUUUCUGUCUCAAACUGCAAGAGUGUACAGUGCCUGCUAAAGCUGGCUGUGAUCCAUCAGCAGGAAAUUCAAAACCGAACCCUCCAUGUCCUUGCGCAACUCCUGGCUCCGAACCAAAACCCAAUUACAAACCAGAACCAAUUUCACCCAACCCAUCACCAUCGAUUUCUUCGCCUUCAACAAGUCAGCCGUCGAAGCCAAGUAUUAAACCAUCUCCAGGUUCUGUUCAAAACUCAUGUUCAGGCCAAGAAGCUGGUAAGCUUUUACCCUUCCCUAAAAAUUGUACCAAAUUUAUUGCAUGCAGCAGCGAUGGACUUUCAUACAUCAUGGAAUGUGGUUCCGGAUCGCAUUUCAAUGCAGCCCUAGAACUUUGUGAUUGGCCAGAGGAUGCUGGCUGUGAUCCAUCCUAUGUCAAACCUGAAAUCAACCCAAAUUGCCAGUCGAAAGGUACUUCCUGCUUGGGUAAGGAAGAUGGUAAAUUAUUGCCUUACCCUGAUGAUUGUCAAAGAUUUUAUGCUUGUGCCGAUGGAUGCGAAUUUGAAAUGGCCUGUGGCGAAAAUUUGCAUUUCAAUCAGUAUUUAGAAGUUUGUGAUUGGCCAAAAGAUGCUGGAUGUGAUCCAGCACUAAAUUCUACAACAAGUCCAUGUCAAACAUGUUAAAAAAGCCAAUCAGUUAAUGCUUUUAAUAUGC